AUGAGCAGACCUGCUAAUUUAAAAUCAGAAGACAGUGUCUCCAAUUUGGUGAAACCUACCUUAUAUUCUAUUUAUGACAAAGAUAUUACUAGUAGUUCAACCGACUAUUCAGCGUUAAAACAUAUUAAAAAUGCGGAAAGAGCAAAUACUACAAAAGAAAGGAGUUUUUAUGAACAACUCAUUACAAUCGUUUAUGCUACAAUUAUAUUAUUUAUCUUUGGGAACAUUUUUGCAGCAUUAUCUAAUGAAUUAUAUGAUAAUCUAACAUUAAAAAGGGGGAUGUUGUCCAUCACUUUGCAUUCAAUUGCUAGUUAUAUUAAUGAUAAUAUAGUUAUUAUUGAUAAAAGUGUUGUAUUCGGCAUAAUGGGUAUUCUAUGUGGGUUUGUUAUACCGAUUUGUGAUAACGUAUUUUUUUCAAAAUAUAAUUAUAAUAUGAAUAGUAGUAAUGAUUUCCAAUCAAUUUUGAAAUGUUUAAAUUCAAUCUUAGGGAUUAGUUUAGGAAUUAAACAUUUAAGAUGGAAAUCCUCGAUUCAGGCUUCUUCAUCAUGGGGUUUACUUAAUAUUAUUAUGUGGUUAUAUUUUGAUGGAUCAUUAUCAACAUUAACUGUAGGUUCAAUUAUUAGUUUUGUUAGUUGUAUUAUUUCAUUUAAUACGAUUACAAAUGACAAUUAUUCAUUAUUGCUUUAUAUUAUGGAUUUUUAUUUUUUUAGUUUACUUAUUUUUGGUAAGAUUGGUAGAUAUUUGUUAAGAAAUUAUUAA